UUUCGUUUCAUUCUACCUAAUUCGACCGGCGAUUUCGCUCGAAGGAGCAGUUAUGGAUUCUGCUUGUCAAAAUUCAGAUUUUAGCACUAAAUAUUUGCUUGGUCAGUUAAAUAUAGCCAGAAAAGAAAUUAAUAAUUUAAGGUAUUACUUGCAUUCUUCUGUCCCAUCCUAUCUUUAUGAGUUCAAAGAAUUACUCAAAGAGAUAUCAACAAGUUCUACUCAAACAUGCUGUUUUCUGCAUACUUACAUAUUUGUAGUGUACAUAUAACUAUGUACAACAAAUAAAGAGUCUUCGAUAUAUACAUGAAAAAGAUGUUGACAGCAUAAAGCGUCUUUUGGAAUCAUUCAGAAAUAGACCAUCUAUGCCUGACGCAAAAGUUAUAGGUCCAGAUGAUGUCAAACCUAGCACUAGUACAGAUGAUGAUACCAUAAAAUUAAAACCAAUUGGAGUAAUAUCUACUUGGUUUCCUAGUAAACGUGGUACACCUAGACAAACUGGAGUCUGUGGAAAAGUACCAGGAAAAUUGUUAUUAUAUAAUUCAAUAUUUACUAAUCCUGAUCAUGCACUUGAAGGAUUACAAGAUUUUUCACAUAUGUGGGUUCUAUUCUACUUUCAUAGGAAUGAUUCAACACAUGUUCGUGCCAAAGUUGCACCACCAAGAUUAAAUGGUACAAAAACAGGUGUAUUUUCUACACGUUCUCCACACCGUCCAUGUCCAAUAGGUUUGAGUUUAGUAAAAAUUACAACAAUAGAAAAUCAUACAAUUUAUUUUGAAGGUGUAGACAUGGUUGAUCAAUCACCUGUACUAGAUAUAAAACCUUAUAUACCACAAUAUGAUAGUCCUAUAUAUUUUGAGAAAUUAAGUAACAGAUCACAAGAAUCUAAUGUAGAUGAUGCAUUUGAGUGCAUAGAAGAAACUGCCAGAAAUCAAACAUGUGACACAUUCAGUACUAAUGUUAGUCUUGGGGAUGAAACAAGAAGUUUACUUUCGGAAUCUUAUUAUAGAAAAGUUAUUAAUAAAACAAAUCAAGAGACAGAUGUUUCUAGAGACGAAGAAAUUGCUUUAAGGUUACAAGCUGAAGAGUUCCAAAGGAAUUCAAACUUUGAAAGUUAUUCCAGUAUGAGACAUUUUUCUGAAUUAAAUGAUAUCAGUUUGCACAAUAAUAGCGCACUACAACAUAGCAUAGAUGUAACCGAUAUACAUAGAACUGCUCAUACAUUUUCCGACACUUUGUCUGAUCCACGGACAAGUUUGAAUAUAAUAGGACAUAACGUACUUUCGUCCAACGUGGAACAACCAGAGAGUUUAGUAGAUAUAAAUAAUAGAUUACAAAAUAUUAACGUAAAUGGUCGUACUAACAUCGAACCAACAUACGGAUCAAGAAACGUGGGAUCUAAUUACACAGAAACACAUGCUUCUCGGUCUAGACUUUUAGAUGGAGCUGAUGGACCAAAUACCAUUUGUGGUACAGAUAUAGAUUUAAUUCAUCGACGAUCGUUAAAUUCGAGAAUUGAUAAUUCUCCUGUAAGGAUGGGGGUACGCGAAGCUCCUGAUGGAGAAGAAGGAUUAGAACCACAAGUUCUUACUCCUUCACAACAUUUACCGAAUCAAGUAAUAAGAACAAUGUCAAACAAUAGCUUACCAGACAGUGGAGACACACAUUUAGUAUUCUCUUCUGAAUCGAGAAACGCUGAGAACAGAGAAUCUGGAGCUAAUAUUUCUUCGGAGAUAAGAAUUCCAGAGUGGAUAUCGAGACCUCGAACACCUCUAUGUGUAGUAUUUAACGAUCGUGCUUUGAUUCAAUUAAACGAGAUUUUAGGAACUAAAAUAAAUGACCAAAAAAUAGCCAUUGAAAAUGUACUUCGCGAGGAUCCUAGAUCGGUAUAUCUGAGACAACGAUGGGGUAGCCAAUUUUAUACUUUCUUAAUUCAUGAUUUACACAUCACUUGUAGAUUCGACGACAGCAGGGGUAUAGUAACAGUUUUUCAAGUCAGACACGCUGGUCGUAUUUGCGAAUGUGGAGAGCCUGAGUGGCAAUGUUUGGGUCAUUCACCACCCUCUUCUUAAACGUACGCAAAUGUGUAUGUAUGUAUGUAUGUAUGUAUGUAUGUAUAUGAAUACGUGCAUAUAAUUUUUAAAUUUGUUGAUUAUAUUGUAAAAGGUGAUAGUGAGAAACUUAAUUUAUAUACCUUUAGGAUAUUUUGUAUAUCAUAUUCAC